GCGCAGGCACAAACCAAUAAAGUUGAUGCUUGUUGCCGGCCUGGAAGAUGGCGGCCUCCAGGACGCCCUUGGUUCCGUUCGGUCGUUUGAGCAGUUUUUUAAACGCUGAAAGACGCGGGGUGAAGCAAACGCUUUGGCUGGCAAACCGGGUGUCCGUCAAUGGUUAUGCUCUUCCAGCAACAAACAGUGCUGCACCUGAUACAGGAUUUCAGUUGAAAGGUUCUGCCUUUGCAUCAAAUGUUGAAGGGCCUUUGGAGCACUAUGAAUUGUUGGUCAGACAAGGUCACCUAAAGGAUGAUGACCACCAGAGAAAGGUUGUACAGUGUUUGCAGAAGCUUCAUGAAACACUUAAAGGAUAUAACCCUGGUCAGCAAAAUUUCUUCUCAAAGUUUUUUGAAAGAUCUAUACCUCCAAAAGGCCUUUAUGUAUAUGGAGAUGUUGGGACAGGCAAGACCAUGAUGAUGGACCUGUUUUAUUCUCAUGCAGCUGUUAAAAGGAAAAAUCGAGUACAUUUUCAUGGUUUCAUGCUGGACGUCCAUCGAAGAAUUCAUCGGUUAAAGCAGACUUUGCCAAAAAGAAAACCUGGCUUAAUGGCCAAAUCCUAUGAUCCAAUAGCCCCUAUCGCCGCAGAAAUCAGCGAUGAGAGCUGCCUGUUAUGUUUUGAUGAGUUUCAGGUUACAGAUAUUGCUGAUGCCAUGAUACUGAAGCAGCUUUUUGAAAACCUGUUUCAAAAUGGUGUUGUUGUUGUUGCCACGUCCAAUAGACCACCUGAAGACCUCUAUAAAAGUGGGCUUCAGAGGGCUAACUUUGUGCCAUUCAUUGCUGUCCUGAAGAAAUAUUGUGAAGCCAUCCAACUGAAUUCUGAAGUUGACUACAGGAAAAGACAGCUUCCUGGAGCAGGGAAGCUUUAUUAUCUCACAAGUGAAGCUGAUGUGGAGGCUGUCGUGGAUAAGCUAUUUGAUGAGCUGGCUCAGAAACAAAAUGAUAUAACACGACCAAGGAUUUUGAAAGUGCAAGGCAGAGAACUGAGACUGAGCAAAGCUUGCGGAACCCUAGCAGACUGCACAUUUGAAGAGCUGUGCGAUAAACCUCUUGGAGCAAGUGACUACCUGGAAAUGACUAAACACUUUGACACUGUAUUCAUUCGGAAUAUACCAACGCUGACUUUGGCAAAGAAGACUCAAGCACGACGCUUCAUCACUCUCAUUGAUGCCUUUUAUGAUCACAAGGUCAGGGUUGUUUGCUCAGCUGCAGUGCCAUUGGAGAGAAUAUUUGUUCAGAAGGAUCACGACAGUCAUGAAGAUGAUGCCAGAGUCUUCAUAGAUGACCUAGGAUUGGAACAGACUAAAGUGGAAGACCUUUCAAUAUUUUCUGGAGCAGAAGAAAUCUUCGCAUUUCAGCGCACAGUCUCACGGCUCACAGAAAUGCAGACUGAGCAGUACUGGAAUGAUGGAGACAGGGGAAAGAAGGACUCUGCUGAGUGAAAGCAAAUAUAAAUCUAUGAAACAAAUUCAGCAACAGAUCAAAUUUUAACUUAAUUUAAGAACUGAUGUGUAAUCAUACUUCAUUUGUUCACUCUUCACUCUAAGGACCAUUGAUAUUCUUCAGUACAGUGGUUUCAAGAUUUGCUGGGCCCAAACUGCCAGUGUUCAAUGGUUUUGACAUUAUGGGUAAUCUAAGCACAAUGUUAUCUAUCCACUACUUCCUGAUUCAUUUCUUCAUGCUGCACUUCUUUAUCUUGGUAUUAUUUCCAUGUUCUGAAACUUUGAUCUCACAUCAAGGCUGCUCCUAGAAACAUGGUAAGAAGUCAUGGAACAAGAAAAAAGACACGACCACUCCUUCCACAGAUUAUGCACUAUUGUGGGCUUUAUUCCAUUAAUUUAACAUCCUUGGGAAGUUUUACAUGGAUAUUUUGGGCAUUUGUAUAUUUAAACUCCAGAAAUAAAACAGUUUUAUUGCAGUCUUCAGGGAACCUUUUCUCUCUGUUUGAUGGUCGUGGUGAAUGGGAGGCAGCGAUAGAAAGUUAAUUAAUAUUAUAACACCCGUAUAUAAAACUCAGUUUGACAUGCAGAGAUCUACAGGGGACACAGGGAGAUAUCUCUGUCCCUCAGUGUUACUAUCAAAAGCAUUGAGCAAAUAUGGAUAUGAACAAGUAGCUCAGCAGCUAAGGAAGACUGAAGAUUAAUUUUCUGAAAAAUCAGCAGCAUUGAUUGAUGAAAGAGACACCCAGAAAAGAGGGAUGAUAAGAUCAGAAAAGAAGAGGAACACAAAUACAGUAUAAUGGGACUCCAGCAGCAGGGAGUCACAGUGAGGAAAGGCUUUAAGCAGAGGCUCAGUUGUACAAAAACCUCCCAGUAUAUGUAGCAAGUGAGAGCAGCUAGAGCAGUUGAAUGAACCCUGUUUGGAAAGAAAAGGGUAUCACUGGGGGAAGGAGGGCUCAUGGGAAGAGCAGCCAAACAAAGGAUUUCUCAAUGCAAUGUAAAUCACAGGCUAUUCCAUACCUGUACCUCUGUACCUGUAAAUAUCUCUGUUUAACCUUAAUCUUCCUCCAUAUUUACAAUGACCUGAUACCUGUGGAAUAAAGAAUCCUUGCUUCAUGAUCUUUGAGCCAUUCGUGUGUGUUCAAAACUCCUGUUACAGCUGACCUCCUGUGUUCCUUCAAUGCCAAAUAAUCUACGGAAUAUAAAUGGGUUUUAGAAUCCUUAUUUAUAUAUGCAAAAUGUCUUCCCUCAAUCAAGCAUGGGCAUUACAUUCUGAGUUUUUUUGGCUUUCACCAAUUUUGCUGGUGAGGCAUUGUCAGGAAGGCUGUAUUGUGAAAUAUGAGCACUGCAAGAUUGAAAUACUGAACUAAAUUUUACUCCUUUUAAUAUUUCUAGAAUAUUCCAAUUCCUAGAUUGUUAGGGCUAAUUAUAAUUAUAGACUACCACUCUACUAUUAACCAAUUGAUGAGUGGCAUGGAGAAACAGUAUGGAAAAUCUUUAACUAAGUUAAGUAUAGAGUGAAUUUAUAAAUGAAGGGAUUAA